AUGUGUAAAGCAUACUUUUAUUAUAUUGCAGAUCCUGGUCUUGAUAUGAAGAAACCUGAUACUUUUUGCAAUCAGCUUUUCGAAAUUUUCCAUAAAAUUCCACAAAUUGUGAAACAGUUAGCAGACAGUACAGAUCCACAAACACGAAACACCAACUGGAAAUCUAUAAAAUGCAUAAUUCGCCAGCAAAAUCCCAAUUUUGCAAGAUCUGGUAUUUUGGAUAGACCCGAAAGCAAGAACUGCUUUCAAAAAUUCAUACGAAGGAGGAAACGACACUCAACAUAUAUCAACUUCAGAAAUCGAAAGAAAAAAUUUAACAAUAAUCUGGCCAAAAGAAAUGCUCCUGAUGAUUCUCGAUUCAAGAAUAUAAUCGAUUUUAUUAUUAAGAAUAAAUCAUUCCGUAGUAAUUAUACAUAUGUACCAGUACUUUUUGCAACCGUGAAGAGUGUUGAUUUGAAUCAAUUGGAAACGUCAGAAAUAUCAUCAGUAACUGAUGGGUCGUCAACAGAAAACUUAUCCCUUCAAACAUCAUCAUCUUCAGCAAGUAAAUCAACGAAUAUGUCAUCAACGAACUCUCUAUUGAUGUCAUCAACCAACACGAUAUCUGGAAUAACUACAGUUAAAACUGACAAUACCGAGUCAAUGAAACCAACAAUAUCUGAAGGAAGCACUUCCACUAUUAUUCAUUCCGAUAGUUCUGCUGGGGGAAGUGCAACUGCUACUUCCACAUUACUACCUGCAAUGAAAGAAGCAAAAAACCUGACAGAAGAACUAAGUUUUCGAAUUCCAAGGUUACGAGAAAGUUUUCAAGAUAUCAUGGAUCUGAUGAAGGAUGAACCUAUUGCAAAAAGGAUGAAGAAAGAAAUUUCUGACUCAGCAAGCACCACUAAUGUAGCUGAAGGCAAUUCUAUAGGGUCUACUAGAAAAAAUGAUACAACCCCAUCAAGUCCACCUAGUAACUCAACCGUUCCAAUAACCACAACUGUUAUUUCUACAGUGAACCCAGAAAGUAUCAAUCCUUCAAUCUCAUCUACUGAACAUGUGCCAUUCCCGAGUGAAAGUCAUUUCAACUUCACUAUCAGUGACAAAAGCUCUACUAAGGUAAUUGAUAAAUUAGAAUUGAAACUACCCUUCUCUGGAACGGAUAUGAAAACCAUGAUAGCAAAUGGUUCAGUGUGUGCUACCAAACUAUCGAAUGUAACUUCUUCAUUUCCAAUCGAUGGGAAUGUUAUACCAGGGGUACUGAUAUAUCCGAUCAAUUCCGAAACUCUCAAUAAUAAGAGCAAAAGAGGAAUCCAAGAGGAAGAAGAAUAUUCUGCAGAAAACAAAUUGGGAGGAGAAUAUUCAGCAGAAAAUAAUCUAGGUAUCAAUUAUUACUUCACAAUAGACGAACCGAAUUUGAAUGCGAAUAAAAAAUACAUUGAUUUCAAUCCUCUACCAAAACUGAAGAAGGAUGUAUUGAAUGAUUGCCAGAAUGAAACAGAAGAAAUGUUGAAUGUACUCAAGAGCUUGAACAUGAAAGUACCAGAUGAAAUUGAGAAUAGCAAAGACAAAUUUGGUCCUGAUUUGACAAAUUCUACAUCCAAUAUUGUACCAAAUACAACAGAAACUGCUAGUAUCACUGAACUUUCUACAGAAACUACAAAUGUUAUGGAUUUCAACUCAUUGUCUGGUAUAAACAUCAGCAGUUUAAUGGAAACAAAUCCAAUUCCAAAUGUCAUCAAACCUGUUGCUAAUAUUAAUAAAAUGAAAUUGUUCAAUUCAUCCAACGUUGAAACAACAAUAGACAUCGAUGCAUGGUGUGCCACAUCAAUUGGAGUAGCGAACGAAAUCAUACCUUCCAUAACCAUUCCAUCCAGAUCUGCAAAAACAACAACUCCUUCAAGCACUGAUACGUUUUCUACAAUAAUUUCUUCCGAAACUCCUGAAAUAUCGACAAAAUCUGAAACAUCGAUAAUACCCGAAACAUCGCCACUACCCGAAACAUCGAAAACAUCGACUACUUUUUCCAUUUCGACUCCUAUCCUAAAUGGAGAACUGGUGAAAGAAGUUCAUAAGCCUUCACUGCAACAGAAAAACACAGCUGAUAAGUUGAGACAACUCGAAACAGAUUUGAAACUCGUCAAUGAGGUACAGAAUAUUCUGAACGGAAUGAAUGGAGCAAAGCAUGAGAUGAAGAAAAGGGAAUUAUCUUCUGAUCAAACGGAUUGCACCACAGAAAACAAUCCAAUUUUUGAGCUCAAUUUCAAGGUCGUUUCAGAUAACCCAGAAUCAAACAAAGACAAAGAAAUAAAUGAACUUGGUAAAAUCCUCCAAUUGAAAGCUAAAACUGAGAAAUGUCGAAGACGAAGACUUUCGAAAUUCCAAAGAAAAAGGAUGAAAAAGAAAAAGCAAAAGAAUAAGAGAAAACAAAAACCCCAUCGUAUACACCGUUUUUUAGGCCAGCGUAUUCAAAAUUGCAUGUGAAUAAAAUACACUCAGAAAAUCAAAACUAUGCUAGAGAUGGUUCAAAAAGUAAACGUUUCCUCAGCCCUCCGAAUAGUUUCUACAACAAUGGAAAAAUAAAUGAAGCCAUCUCGGGGCAAGAUGAAAAACCCAGGGAAUAUGAAAUAUCGGAAUCAACUACCGACAAACUGAAUUCCGAUCAAAUCAUAAAGCAUCUGCCACAAAACUCAUCUACUUCUGGAACAAAAAAGAAAAAGGUAACAAGGAAACAUAAUGAUAAAACAACCCUCAAUAUAAAGCAUUCAAAUGAAAAAAGUCCAUUUAGAAAGAUGAUGGCAUCUACUGAAGCAUAUAAUAAACCCUCCAGAAAAGUUUGGAGGAAGUAUAACUUGGAUAUCAAACAUCACAAGAAUACCAACGAGAAAGAAUACUAUACUACAGAGCAGAAAGUAAUGAGCACUACAAAUACUUCAAUAGUAAAGAAGGCCACGAUUUCCAAAGAAACUACCCCCGAAGAAGAAUAUGAAGAAACCCUGAUGAGUAAUAUCGCACUAUCAGACUAUGAGGUUACUGGCGGAAAUGAAGUCACUAAUAACGCAGAAGUUUCAAACAAAGCUGAUGAAAUCAUGAAUGAAAAACUGCAAAGUAUUGCUGAUGAUCUGCUCAAUCCAGAAAAUUUCGAGGCGACAUUAGGUACUACACCAAUGGAAAAACUUCAUUACGUUAAUCUCUAUCCAGAGACAGUGAAUGAUGAAUACACUGAAAACAUUGAGGUUUCGGAAGAUAGUGAAUUCACCGUAAUGAAUCCGGAACAAAAAAAGAGAAUGUUCUCAGUUGCAGACGAACUUCUCAGAGAUUUCAACAGUUCAACCAAGUCCAAAGUAAACUUUCCGUCCACGGAAUAUGAGGAAUCGUCUGCUAGCACUAAGAAACUAAAACCCUUGCAACCUAGUGAAAUCCAUACCAAAACAUCCACCAUAGAUACUAGAGAAUUGCCUAAGAAGGCAACUGCAACGACAAAACAUAAAAAGAAAAAUAAGUAUAGUAAAGAGUGGAGAAAGUAUAACUGGGACGUAGAACACACUAAACAUCCCACAACUCGUGAAGAAGAUUUAACGGCAGUUUCAACUAGGAAUCAUUCCACUACAACGUCAAAUACAACUAUUUUAUCUUUUUGGGAUUCUGCAGAUGAGGAUACUAGCAGAGAACCGGAUGAUUAUAAUUUUGUCUCAGAGGUAUCUUCAGAAACAGUUGACGAUUUGAAUAACGAAUCAACAAAUUUCACUUCUUUGGAAUAUGAUGGUAGCAUGACAUUACCAACUGUGAACGAAACUGACAAUAAGGAAAAGAGAAUAUUGUACAGUGUAGCAGACUUCUUGCUGAAUACCAAGAAUUUUGAAGCAACGUUAGGUACUACACCCGAGAAAGACAUUUUCUCCGAAGAUAGAGAAACGAUGAUAGAUGAAACACCUGAAUCUAAUACGGAAUUGGAGUUAGGAAGUUUUAUUUUCUCCUUGAACUCAAAUGGAAGUGAAAAUCUUGAGACUACUUUUGAAAAUAUGGAAUAUUCAUUUACUCCAGACUUGAAUGAAGAUAAUUUGGUAAUGGCAGAAUCUUCAGUAGAGCCAGAAUUCUUAACU